GGGCGUUUAGGCUGGUCCUCGUGCAACCCAACACCUCAGCAGGGGUCUAUAACUCCAUCGCAACGGGCGUUCAAGCCAAGCUCUGCUGCUCAGACUACCUCAGGCUCGAAGUCUACUCAACCAGGUAACCCAUCUCUUCCUAUUAAGAGGUUAUUUGUUGCUAAACUGAAGGAUCGUAGGGAUCGGGGUAUAUGCUUUACUUGUGAUGAGAAAUUUAAUUAUGGACAUAAUGUAAGAAUCAUAUGCUUCUUUUAUUGGGCCAAGAUGAUGAUGAUUGUGAUUUUCUUGAGGAGGCUAAUUCACAAGAAUUAGAAGAAGUGGCAGAGGACGAGGUGAGCCUUAAUACGCUUUCUAAUUCCCUGAAUCCAAGAAUUUAUAGAUUCAUGGCUAAACAUGGUAGCGAAGCUUUGGAGGUCCUUAUUGACACAGGAAGUAACAACAAUUUUAUUCAAGAGUCCUUGGCUAAUCAGUUACAUCUUCCUUGUGAGGACACCAAGCGCUUCAAGGUGUAUAUGGGAAUGCAAUGGUUGCAGACUUUGGGACCCUGUGUGCACGACCACAAGGCUCUCACCAUGGAAUUCACUUGGCAAGGUAGCGUGGUGCAGUUGGCAGGGUCUACUGAUGUUUCUGCGCAUCAGCUGACUUAUACACAAUUCCAUGCCCUUUUGCGAGAAGGAGAUGUUAAUGGGGUGUAUCAGUUGGUUGCGGUAAUGGAUGAACCCAAAACUGACAAUUUUGAACUGGCGGAAUUGGAGUCCCAAUUUCCUCAGGAAGGCAUGGGCUUACUCACUAAGUAUACUGAAGUUUUUGAUGAACCAAAGCAGCUACCUCCUUAUCGUGGGGUUGAUCAUCGAAUUUUCUUGCAACCAGGGUCUAAUCCGGUGAAUGUGCGGCCCUAUAGGUACCCAUAUUUUUAGAAGGAUGUCAUUGAAAAACUUGUUAAGCAAAUGAGUAAUAUGGGGUUCGUCAAACCAAGCACUA